AUGGAAGAGUCUAAGAAUACCUCGAAAACACUCUCUUUGGAUCUCCCUGGAGGCUCAGAUAUUUGUCAUGUCUCGAUCAUCAACACGACCUGUGAUAUCACGGUACCACCCCACUACCUUGUUGAGCCCAAAAUCCCCGGUUACGAGUGGAUCAAUCUUCCUACGUUCUCUUACUAUGUCAAGCACGAGAGGCUUGGAACGGAGCUUUUAUUUGACUUGGGCGCUCGAACUGAUUGGCAAAAUCAUGUGCCGCAUAUAUCUGGCCUGAUACAAGGUCAUGUGCAGGGGGUGAAAAUCGAGCAGAACGUGCAAGAUAUUCUUGCCAAUGGCAACGUCGAUAUCUCUAACAUCGACACAUUUGUGCUUAGCCACUGGCAUUUUGAUCAUUGUGGAGCGCCCUCAAAAUUGCCAAAGACCGUCAAGAUGGUUGUCGGUCCUGGUUUUCGGGAGGCUUUUAUGCCCGGCUAUCCUACUAGACAAGACUCACCGUUUCACGAGGCCGAUUUCGAGGACCGAGAGGUUGUGGAGCUCAGCUUCUCGAGCUCUCUGCAAAUUGGUCAGUUUAAGGCCCACGAUUUCUUUGGCGAUGGGAGCUUUUACAUCCUCGAUGUACCAGGACAUGCGGUCGGACACAUGGCUGGCCUAGUUCGGACCACCCAGGACACGUUCGUGCUGUUAGGAGCCGAUACCUGCCAUUUUGCCGGCUCUAUCAGGCCAUCCAAAUAUAUCCCAAUUCCUGACAUUAUUCCGGAAGGAUCGGCGCUCGACAGGCGUCUGCCACGUCCUUGCUUGUGUGGAGGAUUUCUGUCAUCUCACCCUCAUGGCGAGGACGGUCGGUCGGAACCAUUCACACACAUCUCGACGGAUGCAGCUACUUUCUACAAGGACCCGACCGUCGCAGAGAAGUCUGUGCUUGGCUUGAUGGAAUUUGAUGCGGAUCCUCGUGUUCUAGUGACCAUCGCACAUGAUCCAGCAGCGUUGGAUGUCUACGACUUUUUCCCUCGUGGCAGCCUGAAUGACUGGCAGCAGAAAGGAUGGAAGGAGGCUGCUCGGUGGGGUUUCCUGAGCGAGCUACCUUACAACGGCAAGACCGUCAGACCCGUCCUGGUAGAUGGACUCUACAAACAGGGUCGGAAAAUUCGAGGCUUGGAGCUGCAUGAAGCAUAG